GUCCAAGUUGUACAAGUGAGAACAUUCUGUGAUAUGAUCAUUAUGCGCGCACUCGUGGCCACGGUCUUGCUGAUAACGCUAGUGUUAGUGUCGAUCGUGCUGAUAAACGCUAAAUCGCGAUCGGUUGAGGAAUCGUUAGAGAUUUUGGGAGCAGGAGAUGGAGAAAUUGAUGGUGAUUCAUACGCGCAGCCUGAUGGGCUGGAAACUGUCGAGGAGAUGGAGGAAAUUGGUUCCGAUGAAGUGACGUUAGAUUCUCAAGAGCUCAAUACGGAUGCCGUCGAUACGGAGGAUGAUGAUGGGCUUCUGUUGGAUUUGUUAAGUGGUGAAAAUGGUGAGGGUGGGAUCACAAUCGGUGAAGCGGUUAAACUUUUUAGCCAUGAGGCGGGGGCAACAGAUGAUGCCGAGGAACUGACGGAAGAGGAGAAAGAAAUUCUGUUCACAGAUGGAUUCACCGUAGACUAUGAAAGUCAGGAAAAAUUUGAAAAGGAUGUCUCCGAUGUCAGUCGUUAUCUUACCACGCAACGAAUCCCUCUGGAGACCGAUUCAAUCGAAGAGGUUACGGAUGCAGCCCAAAAAGAAGACACUGAAUCAACCGUUGAUAUUCCAAAGGAUUCGAAAUUUUUGGAAUCACGAACCCUGAAGGAGAUUAAGAAGCGCGCCAAGACCAAGGAUACCAACGGGGGAAGAAAAACUUCACAGAAACCGGAAACUCAACCUUCGAUGGUCCCACUCGGAUAUGAACCGGAAAGCUACCUGAUGGUUGAUCCGGAAGCUGAAACUGAAAGCACCGUUACUAGCGAUUUGGACCCUCUCACUUCGGAAACCUCUCCAAAAGUUCUCGGUCGAAAGCAGCGGGCUGCCUACGCCAACCCCGAAACGUACAUCGUGAACCAAGAACCAUUGACGGCAGAUUUUGAUGCCCCAAGUGAUCAUGACGAUCCCUCUAACUAUCACGUGUUAUACGCUGAACCCCACGCAGCGGUAAAGCCACAUCAAUAUCUGAUGGAUAAACCUUCGAAAAACAGAGACGUCCAAGCAGCAUUUCGAGAUGGCGCAGGAAUGCCAACCGUUUUCAAUCCACGCUUCUGGAAUCCUCAUCACAUGAACAUGCUGCGAAGGCCUCAAUGUUCUUCCUGUGCCCAACAUUCUGUGCCGCUGUGCAAAACAUGCGGCAAAUGUAGCCAUUGCUGUCAGCACAGUGGCUGCUCCUGCGGCUGUUUGCGAGGACUAGCUUAGUGUGGGAGGGAACAUCGAUAAACAUCACAAACCUUCAUCUGAU